UACAAAAGUAAAAUUAUAGCGGUGAUGUUGGCAUCUCCAAUUUCUUGUACUCGGAGAAAGCGAGCAGUGGUGACUCACAGGUGUAGAUUGGUCAAAAUAUAACUAAUCCGCUUCGGUGAAAAUCGCGAGCGCAUUGCAUUUGCAUUUGCAUCAAUGGCGGGCGUUUCUCUCAAGUGCGGAGACUGUGGGGCUCUGUUGAGGACCGUAGAAGAAGCCCAAGAGCACGCCGAACUCACUUCCCACUCCAACUUCUCCGAAUGCACUGAACCCGUUCUCAACCUCGUUUGCACCGCUUGCUCCAAACCCUGCCGAUCCAAAACCGAGAGCGAUUUGCACACCAAGAGAACCGGCCACACUGAAUUUGUCGAUAGGACUUCCGAGGCGGUGAAGCCGAUUAGUUUGGAGGCUCCGAACGGCGACAAAAUUAAUAUUUCCCGGACGAAAUUGGGUUACUACACCCAACUGGUUCCCAAGUUUUUCUUGAAUAUUUCUCACGUCUAG